GCCCAAACAUGACAUUUGAAGCUGCAGAACCAGAAACCAAGAAGGACGGAAGCCCAAACAUGACAUUUGAAGCUGCAGUACCAGAAACCAAGAAGGACGGAAGCCCAAACAUGACAUUUGAAGCUGCAGAACCAGGAACCAAGAAGGACGGAAGCCCAAACAUGACAUUUGAAACUCCUCUACAGCCAGCCAAUGUGUCCAUAUAUCUUUCACAAUCAGGUCUUUCUGAUUUUGAUGAGAGUUUGGUUUUAAAACCUCAGUGCUUGGCGUCUUCUACACCAAUGGUGAGCAUUAAAAUGUGCACCUUAGAGACAAAGAGAGAGCCAGGCCACAUCCUAGCAGCGCAGAAAAACCUUUAUGGCAAAACACCUAUUGAACCAUCAAUCACCAUCAAACCGUCAAACAUUAUUGGUGAUCGUAAAACAUUCUUCAAGCAGCCCACAGUUAAAAACCUUUAUCCUUCCUCCAAAAUUGCCUCUGAGUUGUUGAAACGUAAUCCACCAGCGGCGGCAACAGGCCUGCUGGUGAAACGACAGAGACCAGACGGGGAGGCUGCGAAAAGUUCUGCUGCUCCAAAGGAACAGGAGAAAAACUCAAAUUCGUACAACCUGCGAUCUUUAGCCUCCAAGCUGCUGCCCCCCUCUGGCUUGCAGAGACCUCAGGUGAGCGGCAUUCCCGUUGGCUUACCGAGGGCUACACCGAGUCUGAGAGCAGCUCCCUGCUCAAGCACAGAAAAACCAAGUGGACCUGCAGCCGCCAACUCUGUCACGAAGAUGGCACCAGGAAAGAGGCAUCCUUUGGCUAAAGGAGACGUUUUGCCUGUGUCAAAGAGGAAGAAAACGGAUGCCAGCACAACUGAAGCUCCCGUAUCCAUCGGCGCCGCCAGCGGGGUAAAGACGGGGAAACAGCCCACAGCCGGCCACAGAUCUGCCCUGGAUAAAUCCUCCAGAACUGAUGCUGCAGCUGCUAAAACUGCAGCAUCAUAUGAUGUCAUCGGCAGGGGGAGGGGCUUAAAACAGCCGGCAGCCAAUCCCAGAGCUAACCAUGUUAAACCACAAAGCCAGGGUUGCACCAAAUGUGAACAUCUGUCACAAGAAAUAGAAAGGUUAAAGGAAGUGCUUCGCAAGCAUAAAAUACCACUGACCGGCUGAAGGUUUUCGUAAUUUUAAAAAAUAGUGAAAGUUUUAUAACUUUUUGUUGCUUUUGAUUAAAUGUGGAUUUAUAAAAUGAACAAGAAUAAAUGUCUAUGAUUAACUAAAGGACAUGAUGUUUGUUUUUUCAACAGUUUAAGGAUUUACAAAGUCUUAAUUUUUUCUUGUAAGUGAAGUGUGCAUCUGCAACUUUUACUUAUCAAACUGAAUAUUUAGAACAUUGUGCUGAUCUUUAUUUUUGAAAACUCAAAAUAAUCUUCCAUGUAUUAUCAACACUAAAGUAUUGACUUCAGAGGAAAGAACAAUACAUACUUGCAGAAUUAGGCCAAC